GCAGGCGCCGGCGGGGCACCUACGCGGGGUCCUCGCGCGCCGCCCACGUGGGGCCGAGCCGAGCUGCGGGCCGGCUGCGAGAGGUCCGGCCGCGCUGGCCGGUGCCGCCGCCCGCCCGUGUCCGCCUCUGCCCGCUUCUCGCCGCGCGCCAUGGCCGCCGCCGACGGGCCGCUCCUCCACGUUCCGGAGCCCCCGGCCGCCGCCCCCAGGACGCUCCCGGGACCCCGCCGGGCCCAGGGGACCCGGCAAGCAGAGGCCACCAAAAGAAAACACCAAGCAUCCAGUGAGGCUCCCCCAGCGAAACAGAGGAACGAGGCAUCAUUUCUCCUGGCCAAGAAAGCUGCUGCUAAAGAAACACAAAGGACUUUUAAGGGGAAGGCACAGAAAACAUUUUCUCCGAAGAAAUCUUUGGUUGGUGUGAGUGAUGGAACCCGAGAACAGAAACCGUGCAUUAGGACUUCAUCGUUAUUUAAAAACAACCCUGAAAUCCCAGAGCUCCACAGACCUGUAGUAAAGCAGGUGCAAGAAAAGGUGUUCACUUCAGAUGCUUUUCAUGAACUGGACCUCCACCCACAUUUAAUUUCCACAAUAAAUACGGUCUUAAACAUGACUAGUAUGACCAGCGUUCAGAAGCAAAGUAUUCCUGCGUUGCUGGAAGGCAGAGAUGCUCUGGUGAGGUCGCAGACGGGCUCAGGUAAAACUCUUGCCUACUGCAUCCCUGUGGUCCAGUCUCUUCAAGCAAUGAAAUCAAAAAUACAGCGCAGUGACGGUCCCUAUGCCCUGAUACUGGUGCCGACAAGAGAGCUGGCUCUGCAAAGCUUUGACACUGUCCAGAAACUGCUUAAGCCAUUUACCUGGAUUGUGCCUGGAGUGUUGAUGGGAGGAGAGAGAAGGAAAUCAGAAAAGGCCAGACUCCGCAAAGGAAUAAAUAUCCUUAUCUCAACUCCUGGGCGACUGGUGGACCAUAUAAAAUCCACAAAGAACAUUCAUUUUCGUCGGAUACGGUGGCUCAUUUUGGAUGAAGCAGACAGAAUCUUGGAUCUGGGUUUUGAAAAGGAUCUCACAGUGAUACUCAACGCUAUAAAUGCUGAGUGCCAGAAACGACAGAACGUCUUGCUGUCGGCGACACUCACGGAAGGUGUGACACGGCUAGCUGAUAUCAGCUUGCUCAAUCCACUCAGGAUUUCUGUCCUGGAUGGACACCGUGGCAAGUCGGACCCAAAGGGCAGAGCAGUUCCUGAGGCCUCCCCUCUCCCAGCUGGUGGUGAGCCGGACAGCUUUGCGAUUCCGGAGAGUCUCGAUCAGCAUGUGACACUGGUUCCCAGCAAACUGAGGCUCGUCUCCCUGGCGGCCUUCAUCCUACAGCAGUGCAAGUUUGAAAAAGACCAGAAGAUGAUCGUCUUUUUCUCGAGUUGUGAGCUGGUGGAGUUCCACUACCACCUCUUCCUACAGACCCUGCAGAGCCGCUCCGGGGCCCCAGCGUCAGGGCAGCUGCCAUCUGCCUCCACGCCAUUAAAAUUCCUGCGGCUGCACGGCAACAUGGAGCAGGAGGAAAGAACAGCAGUGUUUCAAGAAUUCUCACAUUCCAAGACCGGCGUCCUUCUCUGUACGGAUGUUGCAGCUCGGGGCUUAGAUCUCCCUCAAGUCACGUGGAUUGUUCAGUACAAUGCGCCACCUUCACCUGCUGAAUACAUCCACCGGAUCGGGAGAACCGCCCGGAUUGGCUGCCAUGGGAGCAGCCUGCUCAUUUUGGCUCCUUCGGAGGCGGAAUAUGUCAACUCGCUGGCUUCUCACAAAAUCAACGUUUCUGAGAUUAAGAUGGAAGAUAUUUUGUCUGUUCUGACAAGGGAUGAUUGUUUUAAAGGGAGCCGAUGGGGAAGCCAGAAAUCCCGUGCUGCUGGCCCCCAGGAAAUCCGAGAGCAAGCCACCGUCUUGCAGACGGUGUUUGAAGAUUACGUGCACUCCAGCUCGAGGAGGGUCUCCUGGGCGAAGAAAGCUCUGCAGGCCUUCAUCCGAGCCUACGCAACCUACCCCCGGGAGCUGAAGCAUAUCUUCCAUGUCCGGUCGCUCCACCUCGGCCACGUGGCUAAGAGCUUCGGGCUGAGAGAUGCCCCCCAGAAUCUGAGUGUGGCAGCUGUGAAGAGAAGGAAAGCGAACCUGAACAGGCCUGACCUUCAUAAGAAGACCCAGAGUAAACACCGCCUUGCUGAAAUCUUGCGUUCCGAAUUCUCAAGUGGAAUGGAGGCCGGCGUCGCCAAGGUCAAAAAGCAAAACAAACACGCAGAGCCCGGCAGCCAGCCACGCAGCACUGCCUGCAGCCGGCGCCCAGCCUCGGCCAUGGGAAAAACUAAGAAACGCUCCCCAUGAAGCAGAAAAACCCGAAGAGACUUACUGGGGGACAACAGGAGUUCCCAAAACAGUUUUCGUUUUUUUUUAACUCUGCCUCCACACACAGGCCUGGGGCUUGGGGUGGAUCCUGGAGGCCCCAGAGGCCGGGGCUGGUGUCCCGUCCUUGUCAGGAGCCUUGUGGGAAGGAACGGUGCCACUUUUCCCUGCAGACGGUGUCCCUGACUGGGAGAAGCCAUAGGCCUCACCCUGGGGUGAGGGUGGGGCUCAGCGUCAUGUGGGCGAGCCACUUAGUUCUUACCUUCUGUGAGAUAGCUUAUACUUUGUGUUUCCUCCAGCAGAACCGUCUUGGCUCCAGGGUUACAGGUGCCCUGCGGCCUCUGGCGAGGGCCUGGUGGUGCCCGCAUGGGCAGGGAGGCCUCUUCGUGCCUCGGGACAGGGUUCUGUCUCCAGGUUUUCAUUAGCUGCCCUGUAUUGAUGCACGGAUUAGCGUGCAUCUUGUAAAAUAGGAUUGUAAGGACUGGAAUGCAGUUUGUGAGAGCGAGAAAAACCAUGAGCUCCUUUUCUUGAUGUACGAGUGCUUUGUGGAAAAGGGCCCGGCAGGCUUGGGUGUGGGUUGGAAGGCUCCCGGGCCCUCCCGCUGGCUGCUCCGGACCCCAGGUGGCAUUCACGCACGUGGCUGCGUUGUUCGUGGCCACGGAAAACUUCUCUCGCGGCUCAUGGAUGUACUGGCGCCUUUUUUAUUUCUUUAUUUUUGUUUACCAUUGCCUUGGAAGUCAAAGGGCACCGGUCUCCCGAGUGUUUUCUCCCACCGAAUCCCACCUUGUCUUCAAGUCUGGGGUCUGGGGUUCUUUGUAGUGUGGCCCAGGCCUCAGCCGCCCCUCCCCCACUGUGUUUCCCUGGGAGGUUUGAGAGCCCCCCCCCCCCAACUCCCCACCCCCGCCCCCGGCGUACUGAUUGCCCAAUAAAUGUCCAGCUGGGACGCAGGGGAUUCCAGAGGGGAGUCUGCCUGGACAGGUGCUCUGUUGGCUCCACUUUCUCCUGUUCUCUUUCCCACCUUCCUCCUCCUCCAGUUCCUGCAGAGGGAGCCGAGGCCCCACUUCAGUAAACCCUCCAGAUCCCACAGCAUCGAAGUGGCCGGGAGCGGACUGUGAGAGUUGCAAGGUGGCCGUCUGCGGGGUCCACGGAGGGGUCGGCGCCCUCGCCUCUGUCCCUCUCUGGUAGCCAGGGUAGGGCAGUCAGCUGAUACCCACACCAGAGGCCCCCCGGGGAGAGGGCCAGCAGGAGCCCAGUGAGCACUGAUCCUCCACAGGGGGACAGUGUGACCUCCUCCGAACCGGCUGUCAUAUACGAAUUCAUAGGGACGGUUGGUGAAAUUUCUAACAAUAAUAAUAAUGAUAAAGCCCUACAGCACAUGUCAAGCUGACUUGGGGAAAUCCGCCACCGUUCUUUUACUUCAGAGUGUAAUGGUUCACAGGAUUUGGGUGAGAAAAGGAGGCAUCAAACUUGAGAGACAAAACCCAGCUGUGUGAAAAACAGGAUUAAUGCCAGUGAUGGGGAGGGAUCAAAGAGAAGCCCUGCUCCCCACCCCCCACCUCCCAUGUACUCAUUCCAAGAGAGGUCCAGUCCGGGUUCUGCAUUCCUGGGGGAGCCGUGCUGGGACCUGCCCUGCAGAGUGUGUAAAGGACCAUGAUUCCAAGGUGGAGCUUGUGCUUAAUCUGCUAACGCUUAGGUUGAGGAAAUGUUUCCUGCCAUGGAUGCUUUGUGGGCCUGUUUCUAAGCAGAAUCAAUAUAUUACCCCCAGUUAAUAAUGAAACAUGGAUUUAACAGAUUUAGGGUUAAUAUUAUCUAAAUUUAAAUAACCUUAAAAUAAAUCUCUUUCUCCUAUUAUGGCUUCUGACAGAUUAUACAUUUCAGGCAUCAGUUAGGCAAAGCUUUAGCCUAAUUCCACUGUACAUAUUCUAAUUUUGUGUGUAUUUUUAAUCGUGCCUCUGAUUUUCUGAUUUCCCAAACUUACCUAUUUCUCUGUCGCAAGCCUGAUCCCCGUAUUUAAAGUCACAGAGAAUUGGGACAUUGCAUGGAGUGUUGCAGCCUAAAGCAUUUUCCCCUUGGCUUGUCGCAUGCUUGUUUUGCAUCCAAAACAUCUUCGUGUUUGCAGCUCUUAGUGGUUGCGUUUCUUCAGAGGGGCCCACGUUCCCACGCACCAAAGGGCAGAGAGCCCUUGGCGAGUGAUUAAGUUAGUGCUGGUGCACACAGCAUCUUCCACUCUUGGAGAAGCACAGAGCCAACCAGGUCUCAGCAAAGGACAUUUUGACAAAGCCCAGUGGAUUCCUUUGAUUUUUUUUUUUUUUUUCCUUUCCUGUAGUGAAGGGAGGUGAUAUUUAGGGAAGAAGGGAGUAAAUGAGAGCCCCUUAAGGCAGGUGCAUCCCAAACUGCUAGUGACCUUGCUAGUUAGCACUGCAGCCCUCAACAUGGAGUCAGAGAGAGCCAUUCGAAUCCAAGCAUUGCUUCCAUGACACGGAAAUGUAAAGCUUUUUCUACUGGAGAAGUGGCCCUGCUUGGAAAGGGCGCUUCGUGGCUCUUGUUAAAUUGCCUACGUGACUACCCCACCUCAUGUCUUCAUCUGCUCCCACCAUAAGAAGAACUCCGAGCAAGGCCUGCCUGUGUGGGGGCAGUGGGGCACCCUUAGAGUCAGCUGGGCUCCUCCGAAGUUUCCAGAGCCCUUGUACAAGGCUCACAGGGGAAUCCAGACUUCCUUUAAACUUCGCUGCCCUGACCCUGCCGCGCCUAGGUUUGUAAGGGACUGGGGUGGGCCGGUGGAGGAGCAGAGACAAUGCCUCCUGGGAGCCUCUGCUAUUGUUCUGCCCGCUGGGGGGCUUGCAUUCAUUCUUUCUUUGUAUUUUAAAAAGAGUUCACACCCAGCCCCUGGGUUGGGAACAGAGAAGCCAACUGAGCCUUCUAAAUGGCUGAGAGCAGAAGCCCACCUCACGGCAAAGGUUGUAAAGUUAUUACAGAUGGGAAUUGCAGGACAAUUUAAAAUAUUGCAAUUAUAAACUUGUAGGGAAGCCUUGUUCUUCAUUAAUGUAAGCUAUGAAAUCGCCUCUGAGGUACAAGGACAAUUACAUAGUUGAGAAUGUGUCUGCGAUUUACACUGCCGCUGUGUAAAUGUAAGGGCGGUUGCUCUGGUCUACCUCCUUCACUUUCACAAAAUGAAAAGCACACCAGUGCAAGUUGUCCUUUGAUAGAUUUUUAAUAUGAUUUUAAAGAGU